AUGGCUCCUCGAUAUGUCAGGUUUUUCUUCAAGUUUAUUUUCUUGUUAAAUUUUACGGAUGUUUUCGGUGUAGAUCUGCCACAGUUAUCUGCGAUUUUGUCCCAGGAGGCGGUCAGUACCAGAGAUGAGACUGGGACGCUUGUUUUGACCGCCGGGAUAAACCAGCGAAUCGUGUUAGUCGGGAGCAACUUUGCCAACACCAGCAGAAUAGCUUUCACGACUGACGUCCGUUUGCAGAGGGAAACGUGUGAUGGUCAGAGAUCGCAGACAUUUGCAAUACUUUCUAUUGCACAAAAUGGAACGUUGGCAACGGUUGUGGUUAAUUUACCUCUUCCAGAAAAUGGAAAGUAUUACCACGUAUGUUAUUCCAUGGAGGGGGUAGAGAAGUGGGAACAUGGAGGCAAGGAAACGUUGACUCGCUUUGCUGUCAAGGACAAGGAGACUACACUUCUCCCUCUAUGGCUACAAAUUAUAUUUAUUUGCUUCUUGUUAAUACUUUCAGGCUUAUUCAGUGGAUUAAAUUUAGGUUUAAUGGCAUUGGAUAAAACUGAACUGAAGCUUAUCGCUAAAUGUGGAUCAAGUUCAGAGAAAAAGUAUGCAAAAGCUAUUGAACCCGUGCGUAAGAGAGGAAAUUUCCUUCUAUGUACACUUUUGUUGGGAAAUGUGCUUGUCAACAACUCUCUAACUAUAUUGUUAGAUGACCUAUCUAAUGGUUUGUAUGCUGUUAUUGGUGCAACCUUGGGCAUUGUAAUAUGUGGUGAAAUUAUACCUCAAGCCAUAUGUUCUAGACAUGGGCUAGCUGUAGGAGCUCGGACCAUUUGGAUUACAAGACUUUUCAUGUUACUGACCUUUCCUCUUUCUUUUCCAAUAAGUUUGUUAUUAGACAAAAUCCUUGGGGAGGAAAUCGGAAAUGUGUAUGACAGAGCAAAGCUAUCAGAGUUAGUGAAAGUGACAAAAGAGUUCAAUGAUCUUAAGAAUGAUGAAGUUAAUAUCAUAUCAGGGGCAUUAGACUUGUCAAAAAAGUCUGUCACAGAGGUUAUGACGAAGAUUGAAGAUGUUUUCAUGCUUGACAUCAAUAGCAUAUUAGACUUUGAAACUGUGUCAGAAAUCAUGAAACGUGGGUAUACACGUAUCCCUAUUUAUGAGGGUGAGCAAGGCAACAUAGUAGCCCUUCUUAACAUCAAGGACUUGGCAUUGAUUGAUCCUGAUGACAGGACACCAAUACGAACUGUGAUCAAAUUUUAUCAGCAUCCCCUCAUUUUCGUGUUUGAUGAUCAGAAACUUGACACCAUGUUGCAGGAGUUCCGUCAAGGUCACUCCCACAUGGCAAUAGUGAGGAGAGUUAAUAAUGAAGGAGAUGGAGACCCUUACUAUGAAACCCUGGGUGUCUUAACUCUAGAGGAUGUCAUCGAGGAAAUCAUCCAAUCAGAGAUCAUAGAUGAAACAGAUAUCAUAAUUGACAACAGGAAGAAGACUCGACGCACCUUGGCUAAGCAGGACUUCAGUAUGUUCAACACGUCGGAGACCACUUCUAUACUUAUCUCCCCACAGCUGGCUCUGGCCGCAUUCCGCUUCUUGUCAACGUCUGUUGAUCUGUUCAAAGAAGAAUUUGUGUCAGAGAAUGUGCUGAAGAAACUGAUUCGCCAGAAUGUUGUGGAAGAGAUUGUCAAGAAAGAAAACUCUGAUCAAUACCUCUUCAGGGAGAAUGUGCCCUGUGAUUACUUCAUACUGAUUCUGCAAGGUAACGUUGAGGUGACGGUUGGUAAGGAAGGAUUGCGGUUUUUCACUGGACCAUUCUCUUAUUAUGGCAGUCAGGCAUUGAAGAUUACUGACAACUCUCUGAUUUAUCCUAGCAGUACUGAGAGCCUGUAUAGUAAGUUAGAGCCCUACAUACCAGAUUUCUCAGUCAGGGUAGAAUCAAACCUACUGUUUGUUAGGGUACGACGUGCCGAGUACAUUGCAGCUAGAAGGGCAACCAUGAUGGGCAAAACCAAUGUCAAGAGUGAGGAUGAAGCCUUUGCCAAAGAGUGGCACAAAGCAAAAAUAUUAUCUAACCUAUCUAAUAAUGACAACCACCAUCUUAACGGCAGUCGUAAUCCUGAUAAAAUGAGGAGGGCUUCGAGUUUGUCGGUUCCGUUCACCAACCAGAUACAAACCAGAACCGACUCAGGUGAAUGGAGAGUCCACAAUUCAACGGAUGGAGGCAUCGUCAUCCACAACAUGUCUGGAGACCACGGUAAGAUUGAGACUAGAGAGCGAUCCGCUACAGAGCCGAAUGAGAACGAUUUAGCCCAUCAGUGUCUGGAGCCGAAGGUCAGCUCAGGUGACAGCGGUGAUAGUAUAGGAUGGGAGGAUGCAAAAUCAGACAAUGAAGGUCACCCAGAACAGCAUGAACACACCCCCUUAAUAACAACCACCUGUAAAACUGGUGACAAAGAUCAAGAGUCUUCAUGACACAGAUUCUGUUCUCCAUUGUCAGAGGAUGAACACAGAGGUUCUGCUGCUAUUUCUCUUUCUUCUCUUUGAUAUUUUCUUGUUCCGAAAAAAAAAAAAAUUUGAAAAUGUAGACAGUGUAUUGUUAUUUCCAGUAUUGAGGAAUAUUGUUAUGUUUUAAUGGCGCUUUUCAAUACUUACUUGUUUGACUGAUCAAUGGUUUGAAGUAAAGAUACUUAAAUUAUUGUUGUUUAUAGACUGAGCUCAUUAUGUCAGUUUUCUGUAUAAAGGCAUAUCAUGCAUUUGUUAAAAAAAAGAUAUGUACGUGUAUUAACUUUUUUUUCCAAGUGAACUUUCAAGGAAUGUUACUCAUUUUGUACUUGUAAUUUAUAAAAAGAGACACAAGGUGGUUUGCUUUUUGUAACACUUAUUUGUUUGCAUUUUUCUUUUCAAGACAGACAUCACUUGAUAGUUACGUCCUUUAUCUUUUCAUUUGUAUAUUAUUUCACUGUUAGUAAUGUCAUAAUAAUUUGUUUUACAGUUUCAGCAAUGACCAGAGUUGAUAGAAUACAAUAGGUUAAAGAUAUCUAAAAAGAAAAGUUGUUUGAAAACCCUCAUCAUUAGCUUGUAAUGUUACUGUCUAAACAAAUUUAUUUGAAAUUUAAAAGAGAAAAGGUCAUCUUUUAUCACUAUAUAUGAUUCUCUCUUUCUUAAUUGUUGUGGCAAUUCUGCAGUUUUAUGCAAAUAUAAUAUGUAAAGUCAAUGUACAGCAUUGUUAAUAUCCGUGUUAUUGUUCAGUGUGUUUUCUAAGUGUUUUCUAUUGUCCUGUUCUGUUUCCCUCCUAAAAUCAUGUUUAUUUUAGUUGUAGAUGAUAAAAACAUGUAUGGAUAAUUAAUUUUCCAUAGACACGAUUUUAGCAAGAGUUAUUUCCCUUUGGUUGCCAUAUUGGAGGCAUGCAAGUAUUAAAGAAUUCCUUCAUCAUUAAACAAAUUUAUACUUGUCAUAGUGGGCAACUGGGUGAAGAUAACAUAAUUUUUCUUAUGAAUUUAUGUUAACACAAGCUUCCUGUAAUUCAUAAUUUUAGAAUUUAAUGAUUUUUUGCCAUUAUAUUUCUGCCAAGUUUAAAAUCGGUUGCCCAAAGAGGAAAAUUUGCUUGUUUGACUUCCAGUAUGGUGUCGGAUGGGAAAUAACCCCUGCAAAUUCAGACCUAUUGAAAAUAUGAAGAUGUAAAAUAUGUAAAUGUAGUAUGUACUGCUUGUGGCAUUACCUAUAUGGAAGUGAAUAUUUUAAACCCUGUCUUGUGAAACACCCAGUAUUAUGUGAAGGUAUGCGAGUGUUCAAUAUCUUUAAAAGAAACCUAUAUGUCUUUCCUCAUUACUAACACAGAGUAGUUUUUUCUUCACCUGAACAAAACAGUCCAGCGAGAUUAUUCUAUCAUGAGUUGUUUGUUGUCUGUCUUUCAAUUACCUUUUCAUAUUUUUAUCUUCACAAGAACCCUGCAUCGGUUUAAACCAAACUUUUCCAAAACCAUCCUUCAAUAAGGUGAUAUAAUUUUUAUAAUUGAAGGGCCAUGCUUUCUAGGAUUUGGCCACAAUAUUACGUCUUGAACGGAAUU